AUGACAGAACCUAAAAAAGAAGCUAUUGAGGCAAUGUCAGAAUGUGGUCUAAGACCAAUGGAGUCUUAUAGGUAUAUGUCAACAGAAACUGGCGGAGACGACUGUGUAGGUCAUACGAUGAUUGAUCAUCUAAACUACUGCUACAAGUUAAAAAUGAAGCAAAUUGAUGGCAAGGAUUCACAAACACUAGUGAACAAACUAACCAAUAAGUACAAUCUCAUAUGUGCUCCAUUUGUUGGUAUCAAUAACCAUUGGAAAAACACAAUGUUUGCUUGUGCUUUCAUUGGGGAUGAAACCACAGAAUCUUUCGUUUGGGUGUUUGAAACUUUUCUGAAGGUUAUGGGAGGAAAGCACCCUAUAUCGAUUUUCACUGAUCAAGAUGCAGCCAUUGCUGCUGGAAUAGAACAGGUUUUUCCUUCUUCAAGACACAGGUUAUGCUUGUGGCACUUGAGUAAAAAUACAAACAGUAGGUUUGGUUUAUUGAAGUCUGAUAAAAACUUCAAAAACGCAUUCUACAAGUGUUUAAGUGGGUGUAUAACACCAAAUGAUUUUGAAGAAACUUGGAAAUCUAUGAUCAACACUUUUAAGCUGGAAAAAGAUGACUGGUUCAACAGAUUUGAAAGUACAAACCAUGCUGUUGGAUUUAAAGCAAAUAAAAGUACAACAUUAACAGAGUUCUAUAGUAUUUUUCAAGCUACAAUAAAUCGAUGGAGAAAAACCGAAGAAAAAGACGACUUUGACUGUACAAGGGGAAUACCAACUUCAGAGCUAAGUAUGAGUACUAUAUUAAAACAGGCAGCAAAUGUAUACACGAUAACACUUUUCCGUGAUUUUGAAAAAGAGUUCAAGCUUUCUGUGGCAAGUAGUACAAUGUUCAAGGGAAGUGUAGGAAGAACAGUGUUUUUUGAAGUGUGGAUAGAAGGAAUAACAGGAUCAAGGCAAGAAGUUCAAUACAAAAUGGAAGAUUCAACCGUCACUUGCACAUGCAAAAACUUUGAAUAA